GGAGGGGCCGGGUCAGGCGGCGGCGGGGCGGCAAUGACACGGCAAGGGCAGCGGCAGGGCCUCCUCGCCGGCUUCUCCCCCGGCUCCUUGCCGGGAGAACGCGCCGAAUGGGGAGACUCCGGUCCCAGGAGGCCACCGGCAGCGACCCCGCGGCUCUGCCCAAAGGCUUCGCCCGCAAGGAUCUGCCCCAAAGGAUCUGCCCCAAAGGAUCUGCCCCAAAGGCUUCGCCCGAAAGGAUCUGCCCCAAAGGCUUUGCCCCAGAGCUUUGUGAUAAGGCUCUGUCCAAAAGGCUUUGCCCAAAAGGUUCUGCCCAAUAUGCUUUGCCUGAAAGGUUUUGCUCCAAAGCCUUCGCCCCAAAGGUUCUGCCCCAAAGCCUUUGCCCCAACAGGCUUUGCCCGAAAGGCUUUGCCGGAAAGAUUCUGCCCCAAAGGCAGGCGCGGGGAGGCGAGCAGGCAGCCCGGCGAAGGACAGCCAUCGCCGGGGAGACCCUGCCCUUCAUCCAUCCCCCCGGGAUGCGACCGCGGCGGGCAACCUGCGGGCCGCUCCGCUAGCAGGGCGGGAGGAGGGGAAAAACACGGGGGAGAAAAGAGAGAAAAGAGGGAAAACGAGAGGAGAGAGAGAAAAAGGAAAAGGGAGAGGAGAGAAGGAAAAAAAGGGAAAAGGAGAAAAGAGAGAAAAAGGGAAAAGGGAAGGAAGAAACUAUGAAACUCUGCCCAGACCCUAAACGGAGGGAAGAGGCUGUCGGGGCCGCGGGGAUGCCCCGGGCCGGGGCUGCGCACGGCGGGCAGUGCCCUGCCUUCCCCUUCCCUUCCCCGCGGAGCGGCUCGCGGCCACGGGAUUAGAGCUCUGCAAUAUUUAAGCAGCCUAAUUAUCGCCGUGCGGGGAAAAGUUGCCGGGUUUUAUCGCCCGGCUUUCUCCCGUCGCCGCCGUUCAUUCCGUUUUCCAAUCACAACAAGGUAAUUGUUGCGGAAUUAUCAUUGACGCUUCACGAAAAUAAAAUUUAAAUUAUCUUUUUUUUUAUAUAUAUCUAUAUUUUCGGUUGAGGGAAUGCAGCCGCUGCCUGGCCGAGCCGCUCCCCCCGCAGCAACAGCGUGCGGCGAUGCGGGGAAAGUUGGGCGGCGAGGCGGGAGCCGCGCUCCCUUCUCUCCUCAUACCUCAAAAAUAAAAUCAGAACUAAAAAAUAGAUAAAAACGAAGCAAGCCCGGGAG